GUAGCAAAGGCUUAUACUCGCAUCAGAAUUAUGAUCUGUGUCCAUUUCGCUAAAAUCAAAGAGGACUUGAUGAGACGGAACAAUAUUCUUCCGAUGUGGGUCCACAGAACGCAGGCAUUCUGAUUCAAUGUACUGUGGACACAUCUAGCUACGCGCUCGCCCUUGAUCAGAAUAUCGAUGCUGUCCGCAUGGGAUGACGCUUUGGUCAGCCUGAUCAAGGGUUCUCCUUUGAUUCGUGUAUAUGUAAUGUUACCUUCAUCGUGGAAUAUAGAUAUGUCCAUCUCCUCUGUACUAUCAAUCCUCGAGGCCCUAUUGAAGGGCCCAGUUUGGAUGCUACGGAAAGUAUUCUCCAUAUUCUUUGGCAGGAAAGAGUCCCCGCCACUGCCGACACAAUCCGUGGCUUUAUGUUCACUAUCUGAUUCACCAUACGACUUGCAGCCGCAAAGAUCAACUUACCCGCCACCGCGCCCAGCAGCAGAAUACUCUCAAUCCCCUCCCGCUCAUCAAUCACCUUCGCAGCAGCAAAGGUCUACUUACCCUCCACUACGUCCAGCGGCCGAACACUCAAUCCCAUUCCGCCCAUCAAUCACCUUUGCAGCAGCAAAGAUCAACUUACCCACUACUACGCCCAGUGGCCGAACAUUACCAAUCCCUUUCCGCCCAUCAAUCACCUUCGCAGUACACACACCCUCAGCCUUAUCGCCAACCGAGUAUACGAAUCCCUGCACAUCGCACGCCCCCCGUAUCUCCUGAUGUUGCUCCGGUGACUGAACCUGUCCGAAGUCAUAUCCCUCAGGUUUGUCUUAGUAUGAUCCAUCUGCCAGUGCUAUUUACUCACCUCUUCGAAAUACUCUCAAUCCCUAUCAAUUACCUUUGCAGUACACACCCUCUCAGCCUCAUCGCCAACAGAACU